ACCGGGACUCGGAGUCUCCCCAGACGCCAAGGAUGGGGUCAUGUCGCCCCGAACCCUCCUCCUGCUGCUCUCGGGGACCCUGGCCCUGGCCGAGACCUGGGCAGGCUCCCACUCCUUGAGGUAUUUCAGCACCGCCGUUUCCCGGCCGGGCCGCGGGGAGCCCCGCUUCAUCGCCGUGGGCUACGUGGACGACACGCAGUUCGUGCGGUUCGACAGUGACGCCGCAAGUCCGAGGAUGAAGACGCGGGCGCGGUGGGUGGAGCAGGAGGGGCCGGAGUAUUGGGACCUACAGACACUGGGCGCCAAGGCCCAGGCACAGACUGACCGAGUGAACCUGCGGACCCUGCUCCGCUACUACAACAGAGCGAGGCCGGUGAGUGACCCCUGCCCGGGGUGCAGAUCACUUACUCCCCGCUGCAUGCCUCACGGACGGCCCUGGUCCCCUGAGUCUUCGGGCCAAGAUCGACCCCGAGGCUGCGGGACCUUCAGAGAUCCUCGACCCGGGAGAGCCCCAGGCGUCUUUACCCGGUUUCAUCUUCAGUUGAGGCCAAAAUCUCCGCAGGUUGCUAAGGGCCGGGCCGGGGCUCGGUGGGCGGGGCUGACCGCGGGAACUGGGCCAGGGUCUCACAUCCUCCAGGGAAUGUUUGGCUGCGACGUGGGGCCCGACGGGCGUCUCCUCCGCGGGUAUGAGCAGUAUGCCUACGACGGCAACGAUUACAUCGCCCUGAACGAGGACAUGCGCUCCUGGACCGCCGCGGACACCGCGGCUCAGAUCACCCAGCGCAAGUGGGAGGCGGCUAAUGUGGCUGAGCAAAGGAGAGCCUACCUGGAGGGCACCUGCGUGGAGUGGCUCCGCAGACACCUGGAGAAUGGGAAGGAGACGCUGCAGCGCGCGGACCCCCCCAAGACACACGUGACCCACCACUCUGUCUCUGAACAUGAGGCCACCCUGAGGUGCUGGGCUCUGGGCUUCCACCCUGCGGAGAUCACACUGACCUGGCAGCGGGAUGGGGAGGACCAAACCCAGGACACGGAGCUGGUGGAGACCAGGCCCGCAGGAGAUGGAAACUUCCAGAAGUGGGCGGCUGUGGUGGUGCCUUCUGGAGAGGAACAGAGAUACAUGUGCCAUGUGCAGCACGAGGGGCUGCCUGAGCCCCUCACCCUGAGAUGGGAGCUGUCUCCCCAGCCCACCAUCCCCAUUGUGGGUAUCAUUGCUGGCCUGGUUCUCCUUGGAGCUGUGGUCACUGGUGCUGUGGUCACUGCUGUGAUGUGGAGGAAGAAGAGCUCAGAUAGAGAAGGAGGGAGCUACUCUCAGGCUGCAAGUAGCCAAAGUGCCCAGGGCUCUGAUGUGUCUCUCACAGCUUGUAAAGUGUGAGACAGCUGCCUUGUGUGGGACUGAGAGGCACAGCUGCGUUGUGUGCGACUGAGAUGCAGGAUUUCUUCACGCCUCCCCUUUGUGUCUUAGGGGACUCUGGCUUCUCUUUUUGCAAGGGCCUCUGAAUCUGUCUGUGUCCCUGUUAGCACAAUGUGAGGAGGUAGAGAAACAGUCCACCUCUGUGUCUACCAUGACCCCCUACCUCACAGUGACCUGUGUUCCUUCCCUGUUCUCUUACUUUUCUAUUAAAAAUAAGAACCUGGGCAGAGUGCGGCAGCUCAUGCCUGUAAUCCCAGCACUUAGGGAGGCCGAGGAGGGCAGAUCACAAGGUCAGGAGAUCGAAACCAUCCUGGCUAACAUGGUGAAACCCCGUCUCUACUAAAAAAUACAAAAAAUUAGCUGGGCGCGGAGGCGGGCGCUUGUAGUCCCAGCUACUCAGGAGGCAGAGGCAGGAGAAUGGCGUCAACCCGGGAGGCGGAGGUUGCAGUGAGCCAGGAUUGUGCGACUGCACUCCAGCCUGGGUGACAGGGCAAGACUCCAUCUCAAAAAAUAAAAAUUAAAAAAUAAAAAAAGAACCUGGAUCUCAAUUUAAUUUUUCAUAUUCUUGCAAUGAAACGGAAUUGAGGAAGCUAAGGCCAUAGCUAGAAAUACAGAUAAUUCCACAGCACAUCUCUAGCAAAUUCAGCCUAUUCCUAUUCUCUAGCCUAUUCCUUACCACCUGUAAUCUUGACCAUAUACCUUGGAGUUGAAUAUUGUUUUCAUACUGCUGUGGUUUGAAUGUUCCCUCUAACACUCAUGUUGAGACUUAAUCCCUAAUGUGGCAAUACUGAAAGGUGGGGCCUUUGAGAUGUGAUUGGAUCAUAAGGCUGUGCCUUCAUUCAUGGGUUAAUGGAUUAAUGGGUUAUCACAGGAAUGGGACUGGUGGCUUUAUAAGAAGAGGAAAAGAGAACUGAGCUAGCAUGCCCAGCCCACAGAGAGCCUCCACUAGAGUGAUGCCAAGUGGAAAUGUGAGUUGCAGCUGCCACAGAGGGCCCCCACCAGGGAAAUGUCUAGUAUCUAGUGGAUCCAGGCCACAGGAGAGAGUGCCUUGUGGAGUGGUGGGAGCAGGACCUGACCACCACCAGGACCUCAGAACUGUGGAGUCAGUGGCAGCAUGCAACGCCCUCUUGGGAAAGCUUCAGGCACCAGCCUGCAACCAAUUCGAGCAGCCACGUAGGCUGCACCCAGCAAAGCCAUAGGCACGGGGCUACCUGAGGCCUUGGGGGCCGAAUCCCUACUCCAGUGUGUCCGUGAGGCAGCACAUGGAGUCAAAAGAGAUUAUUCUCUUCCCACAGAUACCUUUUCUCUCCCAUGGCCCUUUAACAGCAUCUGCUUCAUUCCCCUCACCUUCCCAAGCUGAUCUCAGGUAAACUUUGAAGUAAAAUAAAAGCUGUGUUUAAGCAUCA